GCAUAAUAACAUCCUUACUUGCGCGUAAACUUUAUUAAACCGAACCAACGUUUCUUUAAUAGUAGAAGAAGUAGAAUAAACAUUAAAGAGUUGAGGUGCAGAUAGAUGAGCUCGAGGAUCCGCUUCACUUCUUUUCAGUCCGCUGCGGAGGCCAGCUCGCUGGGGAGAAACGACGGGACGGAAGGAGGAUCGGACAAAGCCUCGUUAUCGAGGGAUCCACUUCGGGAAGGAAGUCUUCCCUGCAGAUGUGCAGCAACUGUUGGUGAUAACAGAGGAGGUUUCUUGGAGUCUGGACAAGCAGGAUCCAGAGGAACUAUGGCCCAAUCAGGAUGGAGAGCAAUUGAUGAUGGGCUGGUGGAGAGUGUCACCAGUCUUCCAAUGAUGAUGGCUCCUGUGAAGACUGAAGAUGAUGAAAAAGAACUUCAGCCUUUGUCAUAUUCAGCCCACCUUUAUCAAACCCAAACUGAAGGUAACACAGAAGUAAAGGCUCCAACCAACAACCCAGAUAAACAGAUUAAAUCAGAAACUGAUGGAGAGGAAUAUGGAGGACCAGAAAUAAGCAGUGACCCAGACCCGAACAGUCAUUUACAACAACACUGUGACAGAAAGGCUUCAGGCUCUUCUGAGAUAAAAUAUUUGUCACAUUUUGGACCUGAAAUGAAAGACGAAGAUAAAAGCUGGAAUGACAACAGGGAACAUGGGUCAGGUGUAAACAAUGAUGUGGAAUGUAACGCUGCCAAAACCUCCCUCAGCUGCUCUGAAUGUGGUGAAGAGUUUCACUCUCAACGAUCUCUCCAGAGACACUUAACAAAAAGGUCUUUGAGCUGCUUGAAUAGUAAGAAAUGUUUGACACAAAGAAAAAAUAACCCGAAACAGGUCCACACAGGAAAGAAAACAGUUCGAUGCGAUGUUUGUGGUAAAAUCUUUAGUCAUAGAGUAAACCUUAACAGACACAUGAAAAUCCACACGGGAGAGAAACCAUUCAGCUGUGAUGAAUGUGGACAAAGAUUUAGUCAAAAGACAGACUUAAACCAACACAUGAGAAUCCACACAGGUGAGAAACCAUUCAGCUGUGAUGAAUGUGGGCAAAGAUUUAGUUACAAGACAAGUUUAAAAUUACACAUGAGAAUCCACACAGGAGACAAACCGUUCAGCUGUGAUGAAUGUGGACAUAGCUUUAGACGAAAAAGUAAAUUAAAUGAACACAUGAGAAUCCACACAGGAGAGAGGCCAUUCAGCUGUAUUGAAUGUGGACAAAGAUUUAGUCAAAAGACAUACUUAAACCAGCACAUGAGAAUCCACACAGGUGAGAAACCAUUCAUUUGUGAUAAAUGUGGGCAAAGAUUUAGUCAAAAUACAGGCUUAAACCAACACAUGAGAACCCACACAGGAGACAAACCAUUCAGCUGUGAUGAAUGUGGACAAAGAUUUAGUUACAAGACAAACUUAAACCAACACAUGAGAAUCCACACAGGAGACGAACCAUUCAGCUGUGAUGAAUGUGGACAGAAAUUUAGUCAAAAGAAAAGCUUAAACUUACACAGGACAAUCCACGCAGGAGACAAGCCAUUCAGCUGUGAUGAAUGUGGACAUAAAUUUAGUCAGAAGACAACCUUAAACUUACACAUGAGAAUCCACACAGGAGACAAACCAUUCAGCUGUGAUGAAUGUGGACAACGAUUUAGUUACAAGACAUACUUAAAUCAACACAUGAGAAUACACGCAGGAGACGAACCAUUCAGCUGCACUGAAUGUGGAUAUCGAUUUAGUCACAAGACAAACUUAAACAGACACAUGAGAAUCCACACAGGAGAGAAACCAUUCAGCUGUGAUGAAUGUGGACAAAGAUUUAGUCGAAAUGACUACUUAAAGAAACACAUGAGAAUCCACACAGGAGACAAACCAUUCAGCUGUGAGUUUUGUGGUGACGUUUUUAUGUGGCAUCUCUCUUUGAAACGACAUAUUCGUGUCCACACAAAAUAGAGGAGGCACAGUUGCAGGAUUUUGCUGUGUAGAUAUGUGCUGGUUAGUGUUAGAUAUUAUUUUAAUUAGUCUUGGAAUGUAUAACAAGUAUGACCUUAAUCAAAAACAUCUAAUUGCAGCUUUGUUCCUGCUAAGCGAGGAAGGUCUACAUGUGCAGUGUAUCAAAAAAGGUCACAAGAGGCACGAGAAGUGAAACUGACAAGGGGUUUUGAGCAAUGCUUGUGUCUGCAGUAGAAAGAACAUGCAUUUUGUAGUA